ACCUGCACGCCGGUCCCCGCCAGCCCCCCUCCCCGUCUCUGCGCAGGCGCGCUGCCCACCGGGGCGCGCGGGAGGCCCGCGAGGCGCAUGCGCGUUGCGGGGCCCACGGCCGCUCUGGUUUCGCCGCUGCCGCCGUAGUCACCGUUGCCGCCUCCCUGCUGGCAAGUGUGGGAAGGAGGAGCUGAGGGCUGCCGCCGCCGUUGCCGCCAUGGGGAGGAAGUCGAGCAAAGCAAAGGAGAAGAAGCAGAAGCGGUUGGAGGAGCGAGCAGCCAUGGAUGCUGUCUGUGCCAAAGUGGAUGCCGCCAACAGGCUUGGAGACCCCUUGGAGGCUUUCCCAGUGUUCAAGAAAUAUGAUCGGAAUGGGUUAAAUGUCUCCAUCGAAUGUAAGCGAGUGUCGGGACUGGAGCCAGCCACCGUGGAUUGGGCCUUUGACCUGACAAAAACCAACAUGCAGACCAUGUAUGAGCAGAGCGAGUGGGGCUGGAAGGACCGAGAGAAACGGGAAGAAAUGACAGACGACCGAGCCUGGUACCUCAUUGCUUGGGAAAACAGUUCCGUCCCCGUUGCCUUUUCUCAUUUCCGGUUUGACGUGGAGUGCGGGGAUGAAGUCUUGUACUGCUAUGAAGUGCAAUUGGAAAGCAAGGUGCGGCGGAAAGGCCUCGGGAAGUUCCUCAUACAGAUCCUGCAGCUCAUGGCCAAUAGCACACAGAUGAAGAAAGUUAUGCUAACGGUAUUUAAGCACAAUCAUGGUGCCUACCAGUUCUUCAGAGAAGCGCUGCAAUUCGAAAUCGAUGACUCUUCCCCCAGCAUGUCCGGUUGCUGUGGGGAGGACUGCUCCUACGAGAUCCUGAGCCGGAGGACCAAAUUCGGGGACAGUCAGCACUCCCAUGCGGGCGGGCACUGUGGUGGCUGCUGCCACUGAGCUCCCAAGCCAGAACGCUCUCUCCAAGGCCUGUUCUCCUCCCUCGUCUCACGCCGCUUGCCAGGUGCCCUCAGCUGUGGCCUCCUCAGCCCUGCACGUGCCAGGCUGCACCCUGAGGGCAUGGAACCCCAAGGAGGAGCAGCCCGAGCUGUCCCUCCUCCUGGCUCCUAGAGGAGCAGAGUGCCAGGAGGGAGCACAGAGCGCGGGAUGCUGAGGGCAGGGCUGGCGCAGGCCCGGGCAUGAAGCCGUCCGCAUGCUCUGCUCUUGCGUCCUGGAGCGUAAGAUUCCCCGACUUCUCUGUAGCUGGAUUCCUGACAAGCCCCUCCAUCCCCCUGCCACAUGCUUGGACAAAUGGGGUGUUUGUGCCCACUGUUAUGGAAGUCCUAGAGCCCCGAGUCGGGUCUGGCCAGUCCCCGGAGAGGAAUGGACUGGGUGUAAGGUCUGGGCGUAGAGCGAGGCUUCAGAGAGACUCGUGCUUUGUGGACGGAACGUGCUGAUGGAGACCGUGGGAAGGUCUUUUGUGCCAUGACCCAGGGAAGCAAGAGUGCUCUUUCUAGCUUUUAUGGGUCCACAGUUAGAGAGGAGUCGUUCCAGGAGACCAGCUGACUCUGGAAGAAGGCUGACCCCUCUCCAUUGCUAUCAGUGAGAGAGGGGCUGAGAGGACCAGGAACAAGGUGUCGAAUGCGGCCUGCGUGCGGACAGUUGCUUCUUUGGGCUUUUGGACUUCGCCGCAUUCUAAGCUGAACCUCUUGAUCUCAUGGCAGUGACUUGAGUUUUCAUUCAUAGAAAAAACCAGAGGUCCUGCCUCUUCCUCUCCAUCAUCCUUUCCCUGCGUCUCACCCCCACCCCAGAUACCUCUGUCCUUACUCUCAAGGGGGGAAUAACAUCAGGGAGCCCAUCGUCUUCCCCCAGAAGGACCCCUCAUUCCUGGCAUAUUCAGUGCUGUUUCCGCGCGUAUCUUGGUGCUGAUAGCUCUCUGCAGAUGGGGCGCCCCUCUCCAGAGAGCCCCCAGCCAGCAGCAGGCCCUCUGCCUGCACUCCCCAGCCUCACCCCCCGCUGCCUCAGUGAGGCGCUAGAGCCACUGCCCUGGCCAGCAGCUCAGGCUGCAGCAGAAACGCCUAGGUGGCCAAUCAGCUGCUUCCCUCUCUCUGGACUCGCCCUACGGCAGUGGGGUGGAGCCAGGGUGGGGCGGGGGCUUCCUUUUCUCACAAGACAGAGGGUGCAGGGUCAGAGCUUCCACUUGUCCUGAUCUCUAGGCCUUGUUCCCCCUCCAGGGAAAAAAUGACCAAAUCCUUAUCCAGGAAAAAGCACCUAACGCCUCCCCCAGACAUCCUGGAGCUCCGCUUUCAGGAGUGUCUCAAAGUUCUCGCCUUUGUGAAGUUGCUGUCGUGGCGGUCUUCCGGGCCGUCUGACCUCAGAGUCUGCCCACAGCCCGCCUCUGCCCUGACUCGGGCAUCUGUGCUGGCGGAUCUCCCCGGGGCCGACCUCGCUUCUCCCCUGGGUCCCUGCUUGUGUCGGGGACUAUGCACACAGCCUCCUUCACCUGGCCCAGCCCCUGCUGAGUGCCCCCCGUUGCUCUUGACCCCACCAGCUGUGGCAUGGGUCACUCCCUUGGAGAGGGCCCUGCAGCUUUACACUGGAAUAAGCCCACCUGUGCCCUUGUCCUACUGGCUCCCAGGGACUUUACUCGAAAGGGAGAGUUUCAGUUUUUGAGAGGGCAUCGGUGGGCUCCUUCCAACAAUCAUGGAACGACAGGCAUGUUCAGGAAGAGUGUUUCCUCUGAUCCUGGCUUCUCAAAGGAUACAGAAUGAUAACUAUUUAUUGUCUUAGAUCAUGGAUUUCUGAUCCCUCCCACUCAAGGGGACCAAAAGGAACUCCCAGUGUAAGUCCCACGUAAGGUGAGUGCAGUGCAUGUUGUCUCUUUUCCAGUCAUUGGACAGCUGACUCCCAGCCCAUGGAUGGCUGGGUGCUUGAUGCCACGCCCUGCUCAGCCUGCCGCGCCGGCCACUUUGGAAGGGCUGCCCAGGAGGUCAGGGCUGGGGCGGGCAAGGCGCUGCCUGAGACCAGCGUGUCGCUCUUGUCCGUGUUGAGUCCAUUGUUCUCAGCCGUCAGUCUCUCCCCACUUCUCCAGGUCUUGGUUUUGAGAAACAUCGCCGGCCUUCGCCAGGCUUUUUUAUUGUUUGUGUGGGGCACAUUAAAAUAUUUUUUGAUUCUUUUCCUUAGUUAUAUUCACUCUAUUUCAGGUUAUUUUUGUUGAUGUCAAAUGUGCACAUGACGUGUAUGGUUCUUUUUAACCCUUUGUGGUUUUUAGAGGAAACUUUGAAGAUAAACUCCCUGAUAUAUAUUUUUUCUUUAGCAACUUGUUAUCACUGGAAUCAAAGGGAAAACGUGAUCUCAUUUUGCAUUGGUUGUAUUUGUACGUCACAAAUAAAAGAUACUUUGUUCA